AUGCCUUCCACCACAAAGACUCUAUAUUUCAUGUCCAGUGCGCUGAUGACUGCCAUAUCUGUUGGGGUGAUGGGGUAUGGCAUGUCAACACAGUGGGCUAAGAUGACGAUGGAGUGUGCAAGAGGAGGAAGUGGCCUCUUCAAUGGAACUGCUAUAAUCACUUUGGAGCUUUUCAAUGGGAACCUGGACAGAGCCUUUUGCCCCUCGUUUGGAAGUAUUGAUGAUUUUCAAGUGAUUCCUAAAUUGAUGGAAACAGGAGUCACCCCGGUAGCCCUAUACACUUUGGUUUUGUGCCUGUUGGCCCUGUGUCUGCUGUUCUCUGCUUGCAGCAUCCUUAUCUCCCUCUACAACAGUGUCAGCAACCCCUAUGAGACCUACAUGGGGCCUGUUGGAGUCUACACAUGCAGCUCGCUCAGUGCGUGCCUGUCAUUCACAGUCCUUAUCAUAUUUGUGGUGAAUGUCAACGUGACCAGCAUGGCAGAGGAUUUGGUAGAGAACUUCUCUGAGGCGAUUCCAGUAGACCUGAGGAACAAGUCCACAGAGAUGCAGCUAGGAUACUACCUGGUCAUCCCGUACACAGUGCUCUCCCUCUUUGCCAUUGCCUUGAUAUACAUGUACGACCACGCAGCCUAUAAACACAGGAGAGAGCAGCAGAGGCCUACUGAGGAUGCACCCAAGGAGAUAAUGAUGUAUUAA